AUGGACUCGUUCGAUUUCUCCAGGGGCAACGAGUCCCCACAAGAAACCUUCUUUGCCAUGCUCCACCAGUACUUGGUCCAGCUGGGCUGCAGCCAGAGCGCCUCGAUGCUUGUCGAAGAAGCCAAGGUCCACUUCAACAGCGAGGGGGCCUUCAACGAUGCAUACUUGUACGAGUGGUGGUGCCUACUAUGGAGCAUCCACAACUCGCUGAAGAGCCCGCCGUCGCUGAUGCCGCCGCCCAUGCCUCCGAAUCGGUUUGACCCGAGUCAGACGGGCCAAAUUCCGCAGGCGGCUCCUCAGCAACCGCCCCAGUAUGGCCAGAUGCUAAUGCAAACGCCAGGAGCAACGCCCCAAACUGCCGCAAAGCCCAAACAGAAAAAGGUCGAACGCAAACCUCCGAAGAACGCCCCUGCUCUGGCCCCGGUGGGUGCUCCUACCCCAGGUGCUGCGCCGGGCUCUCAAGCUGGCCUGGAGAGUCUGGCUAUCAUGGUGCCUGGACAGGUUCCACUUACCGUUGGACGGGGCCAGCCGCCGGCUAAAAGACACAAUCUGGCCAAUAUCGCCAUGCAGCGGCCCCAGCUACAGCCCCAGCAGAGGGCAGCCGUUUCCCAGCAGCAGAUGGCCCGAGCCCCACAGGCCCAGGCCCGAAACAACAGGAAACCCGUGGCUCAGACACCACAGAACAAGCCCCAGCAGGUCGGGCCCAUACAGCAGAAUCAGCAGACUCCGAACCAGAGCCAGACUCAGCAAAGCCAGCCAAACCAGCAGAACCAGCCUAAUCAGCCGCCCGUGCAGCCGAACCAAGGAAUGGGCAUGCCCAUGGGCGACAACUACAUGUCUACGAAUGUGCAACUGGUACCUCUGGCGCCGCCGCUGGCACCCAGCCUGGGGCCUAACUCAGAUCCUAACCUGAAACCGAACCUGGAACCCAACCUGACGAACUUUGCCCUGCAGCCGCCGCCCCUUAUGCCCGGAAUGAACGGCGACUCCCUCAACGGACAACCCGAUGGACUCAUGGACAAUGACUUUGGCAUGAACUUCUUGGGAGCAGACCUCAACAUGGACCUCAACGGGUUCGACAUGACCAUCCAUGACCACAGAUCCUACCAGAACAUGAACUUCGAGAAAUUCGGCCUCGGCAAGUUGAACCUACUAUCCAACUACCUGCCCGCAGAGGCCGACUGGGGUAUCGAGGAGCCUAUAGCUCCACCUCGGCCCAGGUUCAAUUCGACAUCUACUUCCGAAUACAGCCAUCAGCAGCGGUACCGAGAGUACUCUGUGAAAACUCCGUCUUUUGCAACCUCGUCGUAUUGUGCCAGUGUUCGAAAGACGCUACCGUCUACGACAGCCAACUUCCACAAGUUCAUCAAGAAGUACCUUAGUCUCGAGCACAAAGAUACUGCGGUGGUUGAGAGGUUCAAGUACAACUUGGUGGUGCUGAACCUCCUAGACGCCUCGAUGGUGCUCUCGAAAAACGAGCAGGCGCUUAAUAAUCUUGUCCAGAUCCGUAAUGAGGUUGACUCAACGUUGCACGUCAAGUUGGCCAAGGAAUUCUCGUUCGAUGGCACCGUUUUGGAGAUCACCAACAAACAAUACCGUCUUUCGUUCCCGCCCGCUUACAGCAGUCCACUCCUUUUGCUUAAUAUCCUUUCACUCAUUAUCUUUUUGUUGAAACAGAACUUCCACAUCCGCUCGAAUAUUUCACAUGCUGGCAGAAUCACCAUGUUCAAGAUGUUACUCAUUAUGGCCACCAAGCUCGUCAAGUGCAAAAGAGCCAAAACCACGCUUACAGCAUCCAGGAGCUUGCGUAGCCUAGAUGACUUCAUGAUCUCCAACUGCAAGGUGAACAAGGCCUUGAUCACCAGCAUGAUAUCUUUGAAAGAGUUUGAGAUGUUCGCCUUCAUGAACAAAAGUUCCAACAACGACCUGACAACAAAAUAUUCUGAUGAACUAAAAAAUCACCUCAACAUGCUUUUAAACUGUCUUUCGUUGAAUAUCCGUCACUCCGUCAGUACCUUGUUGCCCAUGUGCAAUGGCCAGCUUCUUGAGCAGUACUGUGAAAUCAAUAAUAUCCAAUUGGCCCAUGUCUUCGAGGAGAUAGUGGAAAACCCAGAAGAGCAGCUCACCUUGGAGAGUCUCAAGGAAAAGCUCAAUGCUUUCAAUAACCUUCGGCGCUUCUUCAUCUGCCAGCUUCUUACCAUCCACGAUUCUCCUCUACGAAACUUCUUCAUGCUCAAGCUCUACGACGCUUUUCACAUCGAUGACGCUGAGGUCUUCCAGCUUAAUAUCUCCGAAAGACUUACGAAACUUGAGCACAUUUUUGAGGAGCAUACGAAAACUCUAGACCAACUCCUCUCGCUAAACGAGAAAUUCAAGGCAUUGAGCAAGACUACCGCAUCAACUGAUUACGCAAACGAUGAUGUUCUCUCCAGGGGCAAGACCCCCGAGCGCAGAGACGAUGAGCUCUUUUUGAUGGAUUCUGAGCUAAACCUUCGAAAUUUGAUCAACAAGUUGACCAAUGUCACAACGAGUUUGCUGUACUUCAAGAAGUACAGUCAGGCUAUCGCAGAAGUCAAUGAUUCAGAGGAAUAUGACGAAAAGAUGUCUAUAUUUGCUCUGUUUCAAAGUGAGCUUCGAGGUUGUAUCGAUCUAUACAAUGUCUGCAGAAGCGACUACGAAGGUGAAUUCAAUCGCAAGUUCAGACCACAAUCACAAACAUCGAGCACAUCAACAUCGCAACGCAAUUCGUUGAACAGCAAUGAGCAUUUCAAUCCAAAGGCUUUCCAAACGGGCUCAUCAGGUUCUAUGAAGAAGCGGUACUCCAUACCGUCCAACGGAGACUUGAACCGCAUCGAAAGCAAGUCAGGCUCCUCUAAGAAUGGCUCUCUGGAAAAGAGGUAUAAACGACUCUCUACUGGAUUGCAGCUAGGACUACUCACAGUAUUCGAAGAGCCAAACAACAAGGAUAGCAGCUCUGUGCAAUCUCCAAGGGAGCUGAAGGGGGACCUUCUGUCCCACGGAGAUGGAACCGGAGCCACUUCGCCGCCCGCUAAUUAUGAAGCAUUCAAUCAAGCAGCAUUGGACGCUCUCACACGACGAAGAAGUGUUCGACAGUCCAUUGGGAGGUUUUCUGUGAACUCUCUCAACUCGAACAUAUCGGGCAUCACAGAUUUAAUUGCAUCUACAACCGGUGACGAAGACGAAGGGGAGAUAUCGAAAACGAGUCUACUCAGUGGCCCGGUGCCACUGGGGAUAUCAAAGGAAGAACUAAAGAAGAAACUAGAAGAGAGUUUUACAAGAAUUUACAGUUUGGAAAACGAGAACAAUGAGCUCAAGCAUAUGGGGCUGCUAGAAGCUCCUGGUGAGCUGAAAGAAAGCGAUGAGUUUCUAGACCUGGGUACACGAUCGAACCGAACGGUGGACCCGUCUUUCAUGGCUGAUUUGGAGAAAACGCUAAAUCUGAACACCCCUACUAAUUAA